AUGCAGGACAAAGCAUACCGCGCAGCGCUUCUCGUCACAUCCAGUUCAGCCGAACCAAUAUCUGACGGCGGUAUACUGGUCUCAGGCGACAAAAUCGCAGCCUCUGGUCCCUGGUCCACGACUAUCGCGCCUCUUCUCACACCCACAACCACAGUGACUGACUUGGGCGCAGUUACUCUUGUUCCCGGAUUCUUCGACUGUCAUGUACAUGUGUCGUUUGACCCUAUGCGCAUGAAGAUGAAUUCUAGCCGCGCUGAGCUUUCUGAUGCGCAGACUAAAGAAAGAGAAGCCAGGGAACUCAUGGAGAGGAACGCACUUCGGCUGCUCGACGCAGGGGUAACCACCGCCCGUGACCUUGCAAGCCACGGUAUGGGGGUUAUGGAGAUGAAGGGGAGGAUUGACCGGGGAGAGAUUAUGGGUGCACGGUUGAUGUGCGCAAAUGCCCCAAUUACGGUAUUUGGCGGUCACUGCAGUGCGAUGGGUGGAGAGGCCGAGGGUGUGGAGGGAGUCACGAAGAUGACGCAAAAACGAUUGGACGAAGGUGCUGAGGUCAUCAAGGUAAUGAGCACAGGAGGCUUCAUGACCGCUGGGUCGCAUCCGUCUGAAGCGCGUUAUUCGGUGGAGGAGCUCAAGGCCAUCGCUGACACUGCUCAUGCCAGUGGUGUGAGGGUAACUACGCAUGCUUUAGGUGGAGAGGGUAUUCGCAGGGCCGUCGUCGCCGGGUUUGACAGCAUCGAACACUGCAGCUGGAGUACGAAGACUGGCACAAAGUUCGAUAACGAGGUCGCCCAACUCAUCGUUGAUAAGGGUGUAUACGUUUGCCCCACGAUGAACACCGCUUGCCUUGCUGGAGAGAACUAUUUCUGUCCAUGGGAUCAUCGCGCCGCUAUUGUAGCAAAUCUGGCUUCAUUACGAGCACUCAACGCCAAGAUCAUCAUGGGGACUGACAACGGAAUCGGAAACUGUCCCUUCGAGCGCUACGCUGAUGGCCUUACGGCUCUGGCGGAUGCCGGAUACACUCCACGCGAGCUGCUGGCCGCAUGUACCGACAUGGCGGCAGAGGCAUGUGGUUUAUCGGAAGUUACGGGCAAGCUUCUUCCAGGAUUCGUCGCAGAUGUAGCUGCUGUCGAAGGAAAUCCGGUGGAGAGCAUAGAGGCAUUCACCAAGCCGAGAUUCGUGCUGGCUAGAGGUAAGGAACAUAAGUUGACGCCCAUCGCACCGCUUCCAGCAGAUCACAAAGAGAAAAUCGGGGAGUUGAUGGCAAUGUUAAGAAAGGGCGCCGGAUUCAAGGAUUAA